AAGAUGCGUUUACGGUCGUCAAGGUAACCCACUAUAGAACUGCUAACUAAGGGUUCAGAGUAAAACGGGAAACCUGGGCUUUAUUAGACCUGUAUUCAAAAAGAAAAACAUCUUAAUGAUAGAACUGGAGCUACAUAGAGGGAAAUGGGCCAGUUUCCCAUGUUGUUGGGGGGGAACCCUGUUCAAGGACCCCAAACAGGCCCGUGGUCCCCGCGGUUGGAAACUAAAGCCGUACAACCUACAGUGCUGAUCAAGAAGAAGCAGCAAGAUGUGGUCGGUUUCCUGGAGGCUCUCAAGGUGGACUACACUCCGCUGGACAUCGCCUGCAACGAGGAGAACCGCAUGUGGAUGAGGCAGAAUGUCCCCAGUGAGAAGAAACCCACCAACGGCAUCCCCCUCCCCCCUCAGAUCUUCAACGAAGAAAGCUACUGUGGGGACUAUGACACGUUCUUCGAUGCCAAGGAGGACAACUUGGUGUACACCUUCCUGGGGCUGCCCCCUCCUCCUGGGUCAAAGGAAGCAGAACAGACCGACAAGGAGCACAUUGUGGAGAACGGGACCCAUGCUGCGGAAACUAAUGAGGAUGGGAACCUUGAUGACACAAUAGAUGUUCCAGUGGAGGAGCGCAAUGGGCAUGCACACGAAGAGGAGGAGGAGGAGGAGGAGGAGCAGGCAGCUGGUGAGGAGGAGGAAGGUGAGGGUGGUGAAGAGGAGGAGGAGGUAGCGGAGGGAGAGGCGGCAGAUGAUGAAGCCAUGGAAGGAGAAACAGCAGGAGACGAGGCCCCCGCUGAGGAGGAUGAGGAGGAGGAGGCGGUGGAAGAAACCGACGAGGUCACAGAAGACACAGAGGGCCGUGCAAUGGAAGAAGAGCAGGAAGAAGCUGAUGAGGACAGGGAGGAAGAGGAUUUGCAGUCAGAGGAGGAAGAAGAGCUACGACAGCUUGAGGAAGAAGAAGAGGCUGAAGUUCAAGAGGAAGAGGAGGAAGACGUGGAAGAAACACAGGAGGAAGAGGCGGAGUAGUUAAAGCCAGGCGACGUCAGCGAUGUUGGCUUACUGAUAUCCAGCCCGAAGGAGCCUCCUGCUCUGUCCCUUCCUGACCCCUGACGCUUGACCCCCCUCAGCCACGUCAGACAGCCCCUUCCCAAGGCCGCACUGGAUCCCACUGGAAACCGUCCUUCAUGUGCUUGAAGGCAACGUCUGAACUGAAAAGACCCCCCUCCCACCCCAUCCCUUUUUCUUUUGACUGCAAUGUUGACUUAAUUUUUAUAUUUUGCUAGUAGAGACAUACUGUACUGAAAAUGCGCAGAGUAGCCCAGUGGUGUUUGUUUUUAAUGAGUAGCUUUUGUAAAAUGCAAAACAGUUAUUUUGUUAAACUCAGACUUAUUUCUCAUGUUUUGCUCCUAGAGAUUCUCGUUUCCUAACACAAAGAGGCAGUGACCUUUUCAGAGAAACUUUACCUUGGCAUACCUUCGCUUGUGGCCUCACAUCCAAAGGUUUAUAACUCACGCUUUAGUGAGUGUUCUGUCCUUUUAUCGCAGUAGUCUCACCAAUGUUGUGCCUCGAUGACUCUUUCUAUUCUUCCAACUGAAUGUACAAAUGCAACCUAAGACUUCUAACAGCCACGUGAGGGAGAAAAUAUGCACAUACUGCCAGACUGCAAACGAACUCCACCGCCACUACAAUUACUCCUGCCGAUACUGCUGUCUAAUCAAUGCACUUUGUUGAAUGAAGAGUGAAACAUGUGACUAAGACUUGGAUGCAAUGGAAAAUGCAAUAAAGUAGACCGGUAAAAAAAA